CCCUGAACGCAGCUUUACUUCCCAACUUCCUUUCCAAACAAGAACUCCAGUCGGGACGGUUCGUGGCUUAUCACAGGAAACACUCUCCCAAAUCCCUCUCUGGCUUGUCUCCGUGGAGGAUACGGGGCAAAUGCCUCCUCGCAGUUGGGGGAUGGAGGAUUUCUGCUGCAAAUGCCUCUAAUGUGUCUCCAGGAAAAGUGAUUUGUGGAUAACGUGUGAGCCAGAAGAUAACGCCAUUUGGGCCAACUGAGAAACCUGUUGUAGUUCACAUAACAAGCAGACUUUUGCUCCCAGCCAUCUGCAGUAAUGCUGUUCCCAGGAUGCCUGUGGGUGUGCCUGGUUCUGAUAUGGAUUGGAAGCUGUGGUUCCCACAGCCUGUUCACCUGUGAGCCUAUCAAAGUCCACCGCUGCUUAGGGAUGCCCUACAACAUGACUUUCUUUCCCAACAUGAUGGAGCACUAUGAUCAGGACAUUGCAGCCAGUAAAAUGGAGCCUUUUAUGCCCUUGGCAAACCUGCGCUGUUCUCCAGACGUCCACCACUUCCUGUGCCAAGCCUUUAUCCCAGCAUGCAGCCAGGAGAACAGAGUGAUGCGCCCCUGCAGGGAGAAGUGUGAGGCUGUUCUGUCUGACUGCAAGGAAAACAUCCGUGUUUUUGGUGUCACCUGGCCUCCUGAGCUGCAAUGUGACAAAUUGGACUCAUGUGGGUCAGAUGGCUCCAUGCUUCCUUCCACUACCCCACUGACCUCCUCAUCACCUAAGAGAGACCUUGGUUUCUGGUGCCCGCUGCAGCUAAAGACCAAGCCGGGCCUCAGCUCAUCAUUUCUGGGAGCCCAGGACUGCGCCCCCCCCUGCUCCAACAUGUACUUCAAACCCCAUGACGUUGAAUUUGCCAAGAGCUUCAUCGGCGUGUGUUCCAUCAUCUGCCUGGGUGCCACGCUUUUUACUUUUCUCACGUUCCUCAUUGAUGUCAAGCGUUUUCGAUACCCAGAGCGCCCUAUAAUCUUCUACGCCGUCUGCUACAGCUUCGUCUCACUCAUAUACUUCAUCGGUUUCCUGCUGGGGAACCACGCCGCCUGUACCAAAGCUUCUCAUCCCGCAGGCAUGGACACCGUGGUGCUGGGUUCUCACAGCAAAGGUUGCACUCUGCUUUUUAUGCUCUUGUACUUCUUCUCCAUUGCGGGUUUGGUCUGGUGGGUCAUCCUCACUAUCACCUGGUUUCUGGCAGCUGGACCCAAGUGGAGCUGUGAGGCCAUUGAGAAGAAAGCAGUGUGGUUCCACACAGCCGCCUGGGGAAUCCCCGGGGCAUUAACCGUCAUGCUGCUGGCUCUGAACAAGGUUGAAGGGGACAACAUCAGCGGGGUUUGCUUUGUGGGGCUCUAUGACCUGGAUGCGCUGCGGUACUUUCUUCUGGCUCCACUGUGUGUGGGUGUCGUUGUGGGCCUCUUCCUCAUCCUGGCGGGCAUCAUUUCUCUCAACCACGUCCGGCAGGUGAUCCAGCAUGACGAACGCAAUCAAGAGAAGCUAAAGAAGUUCAUGAUUCGCAUCGGUGUGUUCAGCUGCCUCUAUCUGGUUCCACUGGUCACUCUCAUAGCCUGCUACACCUAUGAACAUAGUCAUCGCAGCACCUGGGAGAACACGUGGAUCAACGACCGCUGUCAGGAGUACAGCAUCCCCUGCUCAUACAAGACUUCCCAGCUCGACCGGCCUGACCUCUCGUUAUUUCUCGUAAAAUACUUGAUGACCCUGGUGGUUGGAAUCUCAGCAGUGUUCUGGGUCAGCAGCAAAAAGACGUGUUCUGAGUGGGCGUACUUCUUCAACCGGACCCGCAAAAGAGAUCCCAUCAGUGAGAGCCGCCGGGUCCUCCAGGAAUCCUGUGAGUUCUUCCUCAAACACAACAGCCGCGUCCAGCACAAGAAGAAGCACUACAAGUCGAGCUCUCAUAAGCUCAGAGUCAUCUCCAAGUCUAUGGGCACAAGCACCGGUGGUGCUCCUACCAGUCCCAGCGUCAUCACCAGUCAGGGAAUGUCUGCACUGGGCAAAACGCAGGCAUCGCUGUUGGAUACCUCAGCCAGGGAGACGCUAGACCGAGGCGCCUCCAGCAGGAGCUCCAGGAGGGGCGAGAGGGAGGGAGGGGAGAGACGCAGCAAAGGUGGGAGCUCCAGCAAGGUCAGCAGCCGCUCUGAGAGCAUGAGCAGGGUUGCGGAUGGAAGGUUGAGCCCCAGCUGUGAUCUGUUGGAGCCCAGACAUGCUACUGGUGAGCAGCAGCAGCAGCAUCCAGCUUUAAACCCAUCACACAGCAGCAUCAUCCAUGACUCCGCCCACCAAACAGCGCACCACGUGUCUGAGGAAAACAAGGAGCCAAAGAAUCUGACCUCCUAGAUGUUUCUACUCUCUCCCCCUGUGAUGCACCCAGCCCCAUGUGGUGCUGGUUUCUGUUUUUGUGUGCCCAAUGUUGUUUAGUGGCACCAAAAUGCAACAGACAAGUAUUUCCAAAGUGUGUAUAGGACCUGAAUCUGUGGGAUGUAGGCUGGAGUUGCUGAUUUAGUUGGGUGAAUCAGUGAGUUUGGGAGUUUUUAGUCUGAAUGUCAAAAAGGACAACCCUGUCCCAGCUGUCCAGCUACCAAUGGCCUUUUUUAAAUGAGCGCAUGCUUUAGUUUUAUAGACGUUAGCUGAAUGAUGUAUGAUACUUGCUAAAAGACAAAUGUAAUAUUAUUGUAAAUGUACUUAGUUACUGUAGAGUCUGAGUUUGUUACUGUAGUCGGAACACUGAGAUUGAUGUCAGGGACGUCCUGAUACGUCCAGUAUUCAGCCUUAGAGACGCUGUCCUGUGGUAAACUGUCUUAAUCUAAUGUCUUACGUCCUUCCUGAACAGAAAGCUUACGCUCAGACCUCUUCUCCUAAUGAUCAAACACUGUUUUAUUUUUAUUUUUUAUAUAAAAUAUUCACUUAAGCUGAAUUUAGUUUUUGGGCUGAAUUUGCUGAUUAGUUUUUAUUUUAGGAUGGUUUUUGCACAAGUGUCAUCAUGUCAUCUGGUUAAAGAAUUAUUUGUUUAAAUAUUUUUUAAAUCUAAAAAAAUGAAGCAGAUAUUGAAACGGAUAUUUUGCACAUUUUUAAAUAUCAUCAGUUCAAAGACUCUGAACCAUCUUGAGACAAAUUAGGUGGACCUUUUAUUGAAGUGAAAUUUUAGCAUUUCUCUUGUGUUCUGUGAGAAAGAUACAAAUAAUAUUUAGCUGACUUCAUGAACAGUUCAUCCAUCCAUCCAUUUUCGGCCGCGUAUCCGGGGUCGGGUCGUAGGGGCAGUAGCCUAAAGCCCUCCCCUUAGCAGGGAGGCCCAGACUUCCCUCUCCCCAGCUACUUGGGUCAGCUCUUCCGGGGGAAUCCUAAGGUGUUCCCUGACCAGCCAAGAGAGGUAGUCCUUCCAGCGUGUUCUGGGUCCUCCCUUAGGUCUCCUCCCAGUUAGAUGUGCCCAGAAAAUCUCACCAGGGAGGUGUUCAGGAGGCCUCCUAACUAGAUGCCCUGGCCACCUCAACUGGCUCCUCUCGAUGUGGAAGAGCAGCGGGUCUACGCCGAGCCCCUUCCGGAUGACCGACUUAUUACCUUACCUCUAAGGGAGAGAGCCCAGCCAUCCUGCGGAGAAAACUCACUUAGGCCACUUGUGUCCACAAUCUUGUUUGUUCGGUCACUACCCAAAGCUCGUGACCAUAGGUGAGGGUAGGAACGUAAAACUACCGGUAAAUAGAGAACUUUGCCUUCUGGCUCCGCUCGCUUCACCACGACAGACCGGUACAACGCCCAACAUCACUGCAGAUGCAGCACCAAUCCGCCUGUCGAUCUCAUGUUCAUGACUGAUGAGCGAACGGCAAGUCAGCUCUGAUUUCAGAGUUUAUGCGCGGUCACUUAUUUUGCAUUACAGUUGUUUAUAUUGUGUUUUCUUUACAAGCAUAAAUACAGCAUUUCUGUUCCGUCUGGGUGUCGGGGUUUCUGCUGAAUCCCCCAGAAUCAAAGGCCUGCAAUAACAUCGGGUGGACUGUUGCUGUUGGCAGCAACUCAGCUGUGCUAGGACUAGCCGUUAUGUUGACAUAAACAAUUUUUCUAAAUGUUGGCCAUUCAGGAAAGUGUCUCCCGUGGGCUAAGAGAAAUUUUGAAUUUUAAAAUGCUUGAAGAGACUGGAGCAAUUUUAAGAGCAGCAAACUUGGGUCUGAAUUCAGGAUAGCUCUACAGGCUUUCCCCAAAUUAACAGGAUUUGGUGUGAAUAUGUGUACACAGAAUCACUUUAUAACCGUCAAAUCUCUUUUAAACCUCAAACCACACAUUAUAUAAAGAUAUAAGUGAAGAUUGUGGAUUUGGGGUAAGAAUAUUUAUGAAAAAGUUCACAAAACGUCUCGAGUUUUAGAACAGCCUGUGUGAUUUAUUUAAAGUUGUCUUGUCUAAAUGCUGCAAAAGGGACCGACUGUUCCUCAGAGACGUUUUCAUGGUUCAGCCACCAACUUAAAGGGAAUCUGUGUCAUUGUCUGUUUUCUAUUUUUGUCAUGUGGAUGGAGUUUGGGAUGCAGUUCUGGAUCGCCUCUGAAGUUUUUUGUUACAUUUCGUGUCUUUGCUGUUUUAGUUUGAUGAUUAAAACUCUAGGUUUAUAA